GCAUGAUGUCCUCCGAGCUUGAGCCCUCCUUUUCCUCCUGGAAUAUGUCCCUGAACUUUCCCCCAUCGUGUCUUCGUGCCCUUCGUGUCUCUCGACAAGCUGAGUUCACUCGUGGUGCUUCGUCUUCGGAACGCUCCUGCCUGAGUAUAUCUUGUCAUACGGGCCUCUGUCACAGAGACCAAGUCCACCGAUCUCGUCGAGUCCCCAGUCAUGACUUGUAUUCUGCCCGAGGCGAAGACUCCCAAGUAGUGGGCGCUACAAUCAUGAGAGAACCUUUAUCUCCGCUCGAUGCUGGAAUUCGAAAAAGAGUACACAAAGCUUGCGAUCGCUGUCGCCUGAAAAAAUCAAAGUGCGAGAGUUCCAGUCCCUGCAGUCGAUGUAAAGCAGACAACGCCAUUUGUGUCUCUGGCGAGCGCAAGAAGUAUCGCGAUAGGCCUACCCUAAAGGCUACGUAGAGAUACUCGAAAGGCAACAAGUGCAACUCGUCGCUGGCCUACAGGAGUUGUACAAGCGUCUUCAGAGCGGCCAAGGCUGGCUCGGUGCAAAAUUGACGGAGACCAGUGACGGUAUAUCAUUAACCCACGACAUUCUGGAAACAUUGGGAGCAUUGCGGUAAAAUGGCAAUGCUAAUCACGAUACAUUCGAGGACGAUCUUUAUGUCUUACAGUAGAGACUGAUCGCCGAUGAUGAUGACUUCACGCAAUGAUAAUCGUUAUAUAAUUUAUAUAUACAUCCGGACAGCAGCGCUCCUUCAC